CUUAUUCGUAAACUGGACUGAGAUUCGGAGGUGAUUGUUGCCUGUUCUUGAUUUUGUACCUAAUUUCUCUUCACAUCAGUAGUCAGCUACACAAUAAACGAAAAAUGGCACUCAGUGAUGCAGAUGUACAAAAGCAGAUCAAGCAUAUGAUGGCCUUCAUUGAUCAGGAGGCUAAUGAAAAAGCUGAAGAAAUCGAUGCAAAGGCAGAGGAAGAGUUCAACAUUGAAAAAGGACGUCUGGUUCAGCAACAACGUGUCAAAAUAAUGGAAUUUUACGAGAAAAAAGAAAAAAAUUUAGAACUCCAGAAAAAGAUUCAGAACUCUAAUUUGCUGAAUCAAGCCAGGUUACGAGUGUUGAAGAAUAGAGAAGAUCAUGUGAGUGCUAUCUUGGAAGAAGGAAGACAAAGACUGGGAACUGUCACCCAGAAUCAAGAACAGUACCGUAAACUUUUAGAAGGCCUAACGACCCAGGGUCUAUUUCAAAUGUUAGAAAACAAUGUCACUAUCAGGUGUCGUCAGCAGGAUGUUGACCUUGUGAAGUCAAUCUUGCCAUCAGUAUUGGAUACAUACAAGAAGUCAACAGGAAGAAACUGCAAUGUUGUUAUAGAUACAAAAUCAUUUCUACCUGCAGAUAUUUCUGGUGGUAUAGUAUUAUUGGCUCAAAAAGGAAAGAUAAAAGUGGUCAAUACUUUGGAAAGCAGGCUUGCAUUAAUAAGCAACCAGAUGCUGCCAGUGAUAAGAACUGCUUUAUUUGGGGAGAACCCCAACAGGAAAUUUUCUGACUAGACCCCCUAACUGCCUUCAAAUUAUUACCCAUAUUAACAUUUCAAACGCAUCAUUUUGAUGUUGUAGUUUCCUUCUUAGAAAACAACCAUCAUUAGUUUGCUGUAUUAGCAGUACUCCAGUUCCUCUCUCCUUGUAUAAUCAUCAUGAAUAUUAAUAACUUGAUGUGUAUAACUUGCUUACUGUAACAUACUUUAUUUCAGCUUGAAUUAAUUUUCACUGAAAAGACUUUUUGGGUGUAUGGAGUUUAUUUCACUGAUUUUUGACGAGUUGAAUGUAAAAGAUAAGAAAAAAGGUAUAUUCGUUGGAUUUUAUUUUCACUGAAUCACCCCUCCGCGAAAAUAAAGUAUUUACAGAAUUAGUUUUUGUUGAACUAAAAAUAGAAUUUGUUCUAUGAAAUGAAUGAUAUGUAUCAGUAAUUCAUAUAACAUGUCAACUUGCAUAGUUUCAUUAUUUCAGUAGUUGUUUACCAUUUUGUUUGUAAACAAGAUAAUGUAUCAUUUUGCUAAAAAUGCCAAUGCAUUGUGUAUUUCUGUAAGUCUGUUUUGUGAAAUAUGACAAUAGACAAGUUUUCAAGGUUUCUUAGUUGUUAGUUACUGAGUGUGCACCCACAACAGAAAGGGGGUGGGGUAUAACCAGUCAUUCAUGAGCCCUACUUGUCAAGUUGAAUAGACAUACAUGUGUAUCUUGCAAAAGUACAACUCCAUUGUGCUUGUAUGAAUUAAAAUCAAUUUUCUAUAAAUUAUGACCAUUACAAUACAAUAUAAUCAUGUUCGGUCCUACACUUUAACUAGUAUUAUCAAACUGCCUACAACUACAUGUAUAUUCCAGCUGAACGGAAGCAAUUAAAGUUGACCCCCCUCUCCACUUUUAUUUCUUUAUGCAUAUAUAGUAACCAGAGACAAGAGUGAAUUAAAGUUUGUGUUGCACAUCUACAGAAACAUGUACAUUUUUUUUCGUAAUCUUUUAUCGAUCAAAAGAUAUUUGCAAGAAUAUAAUUUCCUAUGUCACUGUCUUGCAUUUGGAGGAUCCAAAAGAAAUGUACAGCAAUGAAAAUGUGUCAUUUCAGUCUGCAAAAUGAAAGCAGUUUGCCGUUGAUAUAAUCUCCAUGGUGAUUAUAUUAUAUUUUACACAACAGUCUAUUGAGUGUAAGCUCUUCUUUCUAUUUUCCAAUUAUUUUGAACGUUGUAAGCUGCUUCACACCCCCCUCCAUAUAGUGGAAGCGUCCACAUUGACACAAUCAAUAGAUGCUAAGGUGUAAACAUUUGUAAGUUAUUUGUAAAGUGCUGUAUAAACAAAACCAAGUUUAUUAUCCAUGAAGUGAAUAAAUGUAAAGUGAAUAAUUAAU